AUGCGUAUCAAUUCAGAAGAUGUUGACGAAAAGGAGCUGGAACGACUGAUGAUGGAUUACGUCUCGGACGAAACACACUGGAGCAAAUACUUUUUCCCCAGUUCACACCAGGCAUAUACACGGAACCUGGUCGACAAAGGCAACGGCAAGAGCAAUUUACUCAUCCUCGUCUGGUCGCCAGGCAAAGCAAGCCCGAUCCAUGACCAUGCCAACGCCCAUUGCAUCAUGAAAAUAUUGAAGGGCUCACUGGUCGAGACGCGCUACGCUUGGCCUACUGUGGAUCUCAACCAGAAGGAGGACCAUCCUUUGCGAACCAUAGGUCAGAAGAGAUACGAAAAGAAUGAGGUCACCUAUAUGUCGGAUAAGCUAGGGUUACACCGCAUCUCUAAUCCCGACCCGGAAGAUUACGCCGUGUCGCUACACUGUAAGUGGUGA